AUGAUGUUAAAUGCGAAGAUUUUGAUUAUCAUGGGAUUAGUGAGUUAUGGGGUUAUUGCUAGAAACAUGGAAGGCAAUAAAGAGCUUCUUAAGGAACCAAAUAAUAAGAAGCAUGGAGUUUCUAUGUUGAUGGAAAUAGCGAAGGAGCUUGUACAAAGAUCCUCGACUAGUAGUCAGGUGUUGAAUCUGAAUUUAUCAAAUUUGUUAUUACUUUUGGUAUUGAAAGCAGUCGUGUUUGGAGCAGGAUAUCUAGGCCAUCAUGGUUACAAAGGACGCGACUUAGAAGAAGACAUACGAAAUAUUGAAAAUAAUAAUAUAUUUCUAGAAAAUGUGGUAUCUGAAGCUGAAGUUACGUUGGCAUUAGGAUACUUAAUGGGAGAUACGUGUCUGUAUAGAGCAGCUUGUGAAGAACCUCACGUCGCGAAAGAAUAUCUAGGAGCUGCAGAAAUGAUCAUCCAAACGAUAAAAUUGCUACCCCAAGGUUCGUCGAUUGAAGGGAAGUAUCAGCAAAUAGUGACGGAAUUCCGAAAAGCCAUCGAACAUGGUGUUGCAGAUAAUUGUCCGCCUCAAUAUACUUGCAAGAAAGAGAAUAUUAAGAAUUUUUUGAAAGAAGAGGGGAAAUGAAAACAUGCUGAAUUAAUAGUUGAUGCUCUGGAAGAACCUAUAGUAUUUAUUGGAUGCUUCCAAAAAUAAAUUGUACGCUUCUAAAUGACUCCUUUAAUUUUUUACCAUUAUUACAUUUGUCCAUAGAGCUCUUUUUUGUUAUUUGUCAAUUUGAU